UUUCCGGGUCAGGCAGUUCGUAGCGCGGAUCACACGGGCGGGACUGACCUUUCUAUUGUCCUGUUCUCCAGUCUGGUGGCAGAGUUAGUGCACUCCAAACCAGUCGAUAGUGAGUGUGGGUGGUGGUGUUGUGAGGUUGAUGUAAAGUGCUGACCAAUUUUCCAAACCAGCGGCGGAUAACUUUGGACUAAUCUACUGGUGCAUUAGCUGCUCUGUUGAAUGUGCUAUUGAGCAAAGGACUGUUUCGAUUGUGGCGCAAUAGAAGUGAAAAAUGAAAAAGUGGUGAAAUCUCUCGGAAACAAGGACAAAUAAAUAGUUCCUCAGGGCGACGAUCGAAAAAGGACGACCUUUUCUUUGAUUGUUAACGCCAAGUGAUCGGACUACAUAAAGCAACGAUUUCAAGUCACGACACAGCAUGGCUCUAUUGAUCUACAGCUCAUUGGUGCUUUACGUGGGAGUGGCAUUGGCCUCCCAACAUUCUCCCUACUCCCUCCAGGCUGCCGUCGAUGCUCUCCAUCGUCGCGAAGCUCAGCUAGCACUGCGAGAAGAAGGCAACGGUGAACCCCUGGAUGACGAAGGAUACUGGCUGGAAGCGGGUGACGAUCUGCCAGCAUAUCGACCCAAUCGACAGCGGUUGAACAAAAUCCUGGCCAACUAUCUGCGGCGGGAUGAUGACACGGAGGAUGAACCGUAUGACCCGUACGAUCUGGAAGCCCGCAAGCGGUCUAUUUUCCGUGAAAGGGAUGCACUCGCCGAAUUACCGUCCUAUCCAACCGCAUUCAGAGAGCGUGACCUAGGAAAAUCUUACCAACGCCCGGACAUGUCGACGGACUUCCUGAAGGAGAUUGACCGCCAAGCCAACAUCGAACGAGAGGAAAAAUAUCUCGACCAACUGCGGCAGCUGUGGGAGAAAUAUCAGCAACAGGAGAACGAAAUAGAACAGGAACUGUUCGAAGAGGAUCGUGCCGGUGGCGGUGAAGAGCCGCCAUACUACAACAAGCGGCAGGGCUAUCCGAUUGCAUCCCAAUCGGGCGUAGCUGCAAUGUACUACGGACCACCGAUGGAGGAAAAAAAGCGAACAAUGCCGAUGCUGCCAUGGUUACCGGCUUCCCGUAAAAAGCGAUUCCCUGUUGCCAAACGAUCGCCAAAACCGGAAACUAGUGCUUCGGGAACAGAUGAGAAGGUAGCCAAAGAUCUGAAAGCUUUGUUUGAGAACCCCGAGGAGAAAAAGAAGCGUUCGACUGAGCCCGAAAUGAAGGAAAAGUCUGAAAAGGAGAACGAAACCAAGGCACCUGUAAAACGAGAAGCCAGUGGGGAGCACGGUCGGGAUGACCACGAGGGACACAGUUCAGAGGAAAGUCACGAGCAUGACCACGAUCACGAGCAUGACCAUGAUCAUGUCCAUGAACACGACCAUGACCACGAUCAUGACCACGAGCGUGAAUCUAGUGAAGAAUUCGAAGGAGAAGAUGAGGACAAAAAGAAGCGAUCGGUGAAGAAGCGAUCUAACCUUGAGGUUGUGAAAGAAGAUCAAAUUAUACCAGGAGAUAUCGGAGAAUUCAAAGCGAAAAAAUCGAUUCAAUGGAACAAGUACUUCGGGAUAGAUCGGAGGAAAAAGAGUGUCAGUGCAGGUUUCCCACUGAGCUUCUACAAAACGUAUGAAGACGAGCGAAAGAAGAAAAAUUUAAGCCAGGAAAAGCUGGAAAAUAUGGAUCGUAAAUUAAAAACCAUCGAGGAUUUGAUACUGGAUCAGACGGUCAAGUACACCGGUGAUCAUGAAGGUGGACUCAUCGAGCCCCAGGACUUGCAGAAAAUGAAGGAUAAGGUUGUAUCCCGACUGGCAACGGCAUACAGCAUCGAGAAGAUGCGACACACCUUGGAUCGGCUGAAGGAAUCGGUCGGUGAUGAGUCGGACGAUGCACCAAAGAACAACGAGAUCGACACCGACAAGCGGGAUGACAAGAAGGAGAAGGCAAAACGGGUAGCGGUGAAGAAGGAGAAGGCAGAAUACGAUCAUAGCCAGCAUUCCAUGGAACCAGGUGAAAAGGUAGCCCACGACGAGGUGGAAAACGAUCUGGAUGAAUUAGACGAUGAUAAGAAAAAGAAGAAGCGCGUUACAAAGCGGUAUCAGGAGAUCUUCAGGAACGACGUACCCGAGUUUGAGGAAGAAUUAGGUGCCGGUCAUUACGCGCCGACAAAUGAUGGCUAUGGUCGUAGUCUAACCGUGGAGUCGAACGAGUGCCCGCUGUUGGACGCUCUGGAGCGUAGGUGUCGAGGAGUUGACAUUUUAAGUGGUGACAUCUAUCAAGAACUAUUGCCGGCUUGUGGGGUCCAUCAGCUGUGUUAUUUAUGUGGUACCGCUCAAACAGUUUGCGACUUCCAGUACCUAGCAGAAGCGGAUGCAAUCUGUGAAGGUCAACCGAACUGUCAGUCCACGGCACGAUCAGCACUGAUGAUUUUGCGUGGAUUCCCAGGUCCCCAGCUGGGACCACGUGAGUGUGCCAAAAAUCCCUGCCUAUACCGGGCGAUGGUCGAGGUUGGAGUCAGCGGAUUAUAAGCGAGGACACCAACCAAAGCGCACUAGCGCCGCCGAAGGGACUGAAUGCAGUAAGCGAAGCACUCAAUUGCAUCGCACUUUGAAUUUUGUUAACUUCAAUGAUCUCUAGCAACUAACAGCAUCUGUGUUGAAUAAUUGUAAAUGAAUAACCGGGACUUUGGACGACGUCCAAUGGUUCGCCUUUGCUCUGACGUUGGUCGGAAUGUGUUGUUUUUAAAUCGCGCAUAUCGAGCAAAAUCUAAUCUCCAUACAUGUUUGUCUUAAAGGAUCUAAACUAACAGCCAAAAUAAGAAAGUGAACCAACAAUCGAUGUUGCGGGAAUGUAAUUUACAUAUUGUACUUAUGUUGUGAAGCUUUGAAACUGGUGCAAGGUUGGCUUGCCCAUUUUAGCGCUUAUAUUUGUUGUCUCGACGAGAACAGCCACUGUUAACAAAGAGAUUAUUUCUAUUCUUGUAAUACACGUACAGUUUCGCAAAAGUACUUCUAUAUUUUGUAUUAAAACGUUAUAUACAUAAUGUAUUAUCUGUAAGAAAUCUACUAUUGUGUAUAUUGUACAACAUUCCAAUAAUUUUCAAGGAAAAAUAAGUGUAAUUUAUCGCUGUACUGAAACAGUAGGUAUUGAUGUAUUAUGCACAGCUGAAAAAUCGCAUAAGUUUUAUUCCAUUAAACAAACAUUAUUACUUUAUCAACUGAACAUAUACAAAAAUAAAUAAAUCUGACAAUAAAUUAAAAAAAAAACAGACAAACGUCAAACGAAGCGAGACAAAAACUACACGGAAAAAGUGCAGCUAAUUUGAAAUAAACAAAACAUACCUGUGUUUAAACCUUAGUUUCAAGAGUUUCAACGAAAAGUGAAUAAAACAACAACUGAAUAUUUAAUACGUGUAGAAUCCUGCAAUCCAAAGCAACAUGAAAUUUAACAAAAAAAAUGUGACAACACUUUGUGGCGCAACUUCAAAGGUGUAUUCGUGAAAGAAACCCUGUGUUAGUAAUAUAACCAUCACUACUUGGAUUUUAGGUACGAUAAAUAUGUAGUGCAGAAAAAUUGAAACGAAUCUAUAUCUAUAUUAUAUACAAAUCACACAUACAUUUAACGAUACCAAAAUAAAUAAAAUGUAAAGCAUAAUGAAAUAAAAGCAGUAUUUGUUGAAACUAAACAAACACAUCUA